AUGGUCGCUCCGCGCCCGCUCCGCCGGCUGGUGCUUUUUUAUCAGGCCAAGCUGUGUUCCAUGGCAGGGAACUUUUGGCAGAGCUCCCACUAUUUACAAUGGAUUUUGGAUAAACAAGAUCUGUUGAAGGAACGCCAAAAAGAUUUAAAGUUUCUCUCGGAAGAAGAGUAUUGGAAAUUACAGAUAUUUUUUACAAAUGUUAUCCAAGCAUUAGGUGAACAUCUUAAAUUAAGACAACAAGUUAUUGCCACUGCUACGGUCUAUUUCAAGAGAUUCUAUGCAAGGUAUUCUCUGAAAAGUAUAGAUCCUGUAUUAAUGGCUCCUACAUGUGUGUUUUUGGCAUCCAAAGUAGAGGAAUUUGGAGUAGUCUCAAAUACAAGAUUGAUUGCUGCUGCUACUUCUGUAUUGAAAACUAGAUUUUCAUAUGCCUUUCCAAAGGAAUUUCCUUAUAAGAUGAACCAUGUAUUAGAAUGUGAAUUCUAUCUUUUAGAAUUAAUGGAUUGUUGCUUGAUAGUGUAUCAUCCUUAUAGACCUUUGCUCCAGUAUGUGCAGGACAUGGGCCAAGAAGACAUGUUGCUUCCCCUUGCAUGGAGGAUAGUGAAUGAUACCUACAGAACGGAUCUUUGCCUACUGUAUCCUCCUUUCAUGAUAGCUUUAGCUUGCCUGCAUGUAGCCUGUGUUGUACAGCAGAAAGAUGCCAGACAGUGGUUUGCUGAGCUUUCUGUGGAUAUGGAGAAGAUUUUGGAAAUAAUCAGGGUUAUUUUAAAGUUGUAUGAGCAGUGGAAAAAUUUUGAUGAGAGAAAAGAGAUGGCAACUAUUCUUAGUAAGAUGCCGAAACCAAAACCUCCUCCAAACAGUGAAGGAGAGCAGGGUCCAAAUGGAAGUCAGAACUCUAGCUACAGCCAAUCUUAAAACAUUCCGAAGAAUUUCAUAGUGGACCAGUUGGAAAUAAACCAUUGGACAGAUUUCAGUAAUGUCUUCAAUGGAACACAAAUGAAAAUGAAUAGCUUGUUUCUGUCAAGCAUAUUGGGAAGUGAUUUUAUUUUUGCAAAAUGUUUUCCUUACCUAAUUUGAUUCUAAUACAUAAUUGAUUAAAAUCUAUUGUUUAUGAAAGUUUGCAAAGGUUCUAAGAGGACCUACAGACAGACAUACAUAGACUUUUGAAAAUUAAU